UGUAAUAUGAAGAUUUUAUUUUCUUAAUAAUUUCACAAAAAAAAAAAAAAAAGAAAUUGAAUUUAUUUAUUUAUUUUUUUAGGAAGUAUUAUUAUUUCCAGCUAUGAAACCAAUUCGUGAUAUUCCAAUUACUGCUAUACAAACGAAUACAAAUGAUGGUAAUAUGAAACAAGAUGAAAAACAAAAUAAUAAUUUAUUUAUGGAAAUAAUGCAACAACAACAAGAACUUAAUAAUAAGUUACCUCCUGGUCAAAUGAAAUUUAUAAUUGAAGAUCGUGUAUUUAAAGCUAUUCCUAAUUUACGUGUAGCUAUUAUUGUUGCAAAAGAUAUUAAAUAUAAUGAAAAUGCUAUAUUAAAAAUAAAAAAAAUACUUCAAACAUAUUGGAAAGAAGGUGCACAUGCAUGUCAAGUUUAUCCUAAUGUACAAUCACAUCCACAAAUAAAAGCAUGGAGAGAUUGUUUUACAUCACUUGGUAUACCUGUUAAAAAAUAUUCAUCAUCAGUAGAAAGUUUAUUAAAACGUGCUGUUAAACAAUCUGAACCUCGUUCUAUUAAUCCAUUAGUUGAUCUUUAUAGUGCUAUGUGUACUCAUUAUAUUUUACCAUUUGGUGCAUUUGAUAUAGAUGAUUUAUCAAAAGAUAUUCCAUUAGAAUUACGUUUUACAAAAUCAUCUGAUACAUUUAUGGCAUUAGAUGAAAAUGAAUCUAAACCAGUAUCAGAAAAUGAAAUUGCUUAUUUAGUUGGAUCUCAAAUACUUACUAGACAUAUUAAUUGGAAACAAUCAAAAUAUGGAUUAGUUAAAGAACAAACAACUAAUAUUAUAUUUAUGAGUGAAAUUUUAUCUUCUAUACCACAAAAUAGGGUGUGGGUGUGGGUGUGGGUGUGCGUGUGGGUGUGGGUGUGGGUGUGGGAGUGGAUGGGUGGGUGGGUUGGGAUGGGGGGUGGGGGGGGGCGAGGGUUGAUGGGAGCAGAGA